UCCGCCUGCUGCUUCUCUGCAGUAUCUCAACAACAUCCCGCCAUCCAUUGCGGUCCUCUGCAAUAUAGUCCCGCUUUACUCUGAGUUAACCUACUCUAUACUAGCUGUUAUCUUCACCCCAGACAUGUGGAGUGCCAGACUCCAACUACAGCCGGUGCGUUGGCUUAAAGGUCCCGGCCGAGCGCUGUCAAGUUCAUUCACCCGAGGACGAGUUAGCUCUCGUGGCCCCCGGAAUUCGAUACGACGGCCAGAGCCCAUCAGAAGGGACAAUACACCCUCACAGCAACCGGAACCACCGAGUUCAGCGACAAACGAUGCCAGUUCCCCAAAUUCGAACUAUGACCCCGCCCACAACACUCUACUCUCCCCUGUUCAUAUACCAGAAGAUCCUCGUGGAGUAUUAAAGGAAAACCACCCUGCAAUCGGUAUAUUAGCAAAUUCUGGCCUAGUUGUGCAGCGGCAGCUGGAGCUCAUGAAUGUUAUGAUUGGGUUUGAACAAGCCAACAAGUAUGUCAUUAUGGAUGCGAAUGGGCAUCAUAUCGGGUACAUGGCGGAGCAGGAGCGAGGAAUGACCAACAUGAUGGCUCGACAGUGGUUCCGAACCCAUAGGAGUUUUGUGACGCACGUUUUUGACAGGCACGAGAAUGAGGUUCUGCGCUUUCACCGACCAUUCUCAUGGAUUAAUUCCCGCAUCCGCGUGUACGACCCUCUCGAUGUUGCUAGAAAUACCUACUCCUCUUCCACCUCUCUUCAAAACAUUCAGUCGGGCUCACUUAUCCAGGCCACGGGGGAUUCCAAUGCCCGGGUGUCAUCACUAGGGCUGGAUGAGAUGCGCGUGAUCGGCGAGGCCCAGCAGCAGUGGGCACCAUUACGGCGGAAAUACAACCUAUUCAUUUACCAUCACUCCCCGACCCGCGCGACGGAUAUGGGCACCGUCUCCCAACCGCUUCGGCAGUCCGGUCUUUCCAACGCCCAGGAGAUGCAAUUAACUCAAACGGCAGAUGGUGGUCAAGCUAUGGGUGAAUUCAAUCAGUUUGCCUACGUUGAUGAGCCUUUUUUGUCGUGGGAUUUUUCUCUUCGCUCAGCCAAUGAUCAACUCGUCGGAUCCGUUAACCGUAACUUUUCUGGUUUCGCUCGAGAACUCUUCACAGACACUGGUGUAUAUGCUUUACGAAUGGACUCGGCCGCCUUUAGCCCUGAACAGAUACCUGCGCAAAACAAUGCUGUUACUGGCAUGACGCUCGACCAGCGCGCAGUCAUGUUGGCUACUGCAGUAAGUAUCGACUUCGACUACUUUAGUCGUCAUAGUGGUACUGGUGGAUUUGGUUUCAUGCCUAUCUGGAUCCCCGGUGUUGGCGGAGAGGCUGCAGCGGGUGGUGCCGCUGCCGGCGAAGCUGGGGCUGUGGGUGAAGCGGCCGCAGGAACUCUCGGCCGGGCCGGUGCAGCUGGAGGAUUGGCUGAGGGUGCAGCUGCAGGUGCCGCCGGUGCUGGAGCGAUAGCCGGAUAUGACGCAAUGUCUCGAGGCGCGAUGGGAGAGCAUCAGUCGCAGUCCGCUCCACCAGAUCAACAAGUGCUCCCAAAAGACCAGCAGUCACCUACCUCCGGCCAAACAGGCCCUUAUGGUGAUGUUUGGGAAGAUGAACCGCAAGACCCUUGGGCCCAGAGUCAAGAGGAUCCAUGGGCGGCAGACGAUACCGAGGCAGGAGACGGUGACGAUUAUGAUUGGUUUUAAUCGUGUUUUGCAAGGCGUUUACUCUGGAGCGGUGGGUUGCAGGUUUACGGGAGUUCAAUAUAAGAAGCGUUGUUUGCUCGUAUAG